AUGUCGAAUCAUAAUGAGCAAUCACCGCUUUUACAGCACAGCAGAGAGCAGGAUGGAGAAGAACCGCAGACCAUCGAGUUCUCCAAGGAGGAUGACGAUAACCCCAAAGCGUGGUCGCGCUCCAAGAAGCUUACAAACAUCGCAGUUAUUGCGAUGAUGGCGAUUCUCAGUCCACUCGCCAGCUCCAUGUUCACGCCGGGUAUCAACUCCAUAGCCGAAGAUCUCGGGACCACAAUGAACGUCGUCAUAGGUGCCACUACCGGGUUCACCGUGAUGCUUGGGGUCGGACCUCUCAUCCUUGCGCCCCUGUCAGAGACGUUCGGCCGGAGGACGCUGUAUUUAUCCUGCUUUUCAGUCUUCACGCUGCUCCAGAUCCCGACGGCACUGAGCCCCAACGUGGAGACCCUGAUCGCGAUGAGAGUGCUCUCCGGCGCUGUGGGGAGUGUCGGCAUAGCAAAUGGUGGUGGGACGAUCAGCGACAUGUUUGAGCCUCACGAGAGAGCGGGUGUGUAUGGCUGGUACCUGCUUGGCCCGCUGCUGGGACCAACAAUCGGACCUCUCUUCGGUGGCCUCAUAGUCCAGAGACUCGGCUGGCGGUGGAUCUUUUGGGUUUUGGCCAUUAUCUGUGGCAUCAACACUCUUGCGGGUUUCUUCUUCCUGAGGGAGACCUAUGCUCCCGUUAUACUCGCCGCACGCCUGCGCAAACUUGAGGGCGACGGAGGUCAGCAGGGCAGAUACCGCUUCGCUGGCCAAGAUAAUCGUCCUCUAUCCUCCAGGCUUGCGACCGCCUUCUCCAGGCCGGUCCGAAUAUUCAUCCAACCCAUCGUUCUGACCCUGAGUCUCUAUCAGGCUCUUAUAUUCGGUACGACCUAUAGUCUCUACACUAACUUCGAGGCCAUCUACAGCGGCAUAUACGGGUUCAACACGGAGCAAGUUGGCCUGCUGUAUCUGUUCCCCGGGGUGGGUUUUCUGAUCGCAGUCCGGCUCAUCGUACCGCGUAUCGACGAUGUCUACAACGCCCUCACGCGCCGGAACAACAACAUAUCUAAGCCAGAAUUCCGGCUCCCCUUGGCAAACAUCGGCGCCUUUCUCGUUCCCGCCUCCCUGUUUUGGUUUGCGUGGACUGUAGAGGCCGAGGCGCCAUGGUUGGCGACGAUCGUCAGCACACUGUUCUACGGGGUUGGCCAGGUCUUGAUUGUCAACUGCGUACAAAAUUAUUAUAUCGACUCGUUCGAGAAAUACGCCGCGUCAGCCAUUGCGGCUGGGGCAGUGUUUAGAUCUGUGGUUGGGGGGAUCACACCACUGCUGGCACCAUCGCUAUUUGACGCCCUUGGGUAUGGGUGGGGAGUAUCAGUGUUUGCCUUCCUGGCUGUCGCACUCGCCCCAGCGCCUGUGGUGUUCUACACAUUCGGUGAAAGGAUAAGGGAGAGGUACCAUGUUGAUCUCGACCGUUAA